AUGUCUUCACCAUUAGCCGCCUAUGCCGUCGUUUUCUUGCUGAUCGACGGCCGACCACACGAGGAUCUUCUCCGACUCCAUGACAAAUACGGCCCGGUUGUGAGGAUCGCCGACAAUGAACUCUCCUUCAUACACCCCGACGCGUGGAAGGACAGCAACGGCCACCGCAAAGGGUCGAAGCCCGAAAACGUGAAGGAACCACUUGCGACUGUGGGUAAUGAGCACAAUCUAUUCGGCGCCAGCCUCAAGGACCACAGCAGAAUGCGCCGUGUCCUAUCCCAUGGGUUCUCGAUGCAGGCUAUCUUGGACCAGCAGCCACUCAUAUCCCUUUAUGUCGACCUGUUCAUCCGACGGCUUCAUGAGCACUGCGAAAAUGGUACGUCUCCCGUUGAUAUGGUGACGUGGUAUAAUCGUGUCACGUUCGACAUCAUUAGCGAUCUGUCCUGGGGCGAGCCUCUCGGGUGCCUUGCAAAGCAGCAAGACCACCCUUGGAUCGCUGCGUUGAGUCGCACCGUCAAGCAUCAGAUGUUCCGCGGCCUCGCCAUGCGCUUUCCCCCCUUCUCCCCUUUAUUGAAGGCACUAAUCCCAGAGGAACUCUCUCGCGGGGAGGAAGAGAACUUUGCCCUGGCUGCAGCCAAUGUAGAGAAGCGGAUCGCUGAAACGAUUGAGAAGCGCGAGAUGGUCAGCAACAGCUUCCUUCUCAUGCUGGGCGGGUCCGAGACAUCGGCGACGGCGCUGUCUGCUGUCACGUUCUUCGUCACGUCUCAUCCGAAGGUCAUGAAACGCCUUACCAACGAGAUCCUUUCAGCUUUCCCCAGAGAGGAAGACAUCGACCUUCACUCCGUUCAGAAGCUGCCCUACCUUCUCGCCGUCCUGGACGAGACUCUUCGGUUAAACCCGCCGCUUCCCCACUCGUCACCACGAGUGGUGCGUAAAGGCGGCGACGAGUUUUGUGGUUAUUAUGUGCCCGAGGGUACCGUUAUCAGCAUUCCCCAUUGGGCAAUGUACCACAGCUCGAGCAACUUUACCGAGCCCGAAUCGUUCAUUCCGGAACGCUGGCUUGGUGAUCCCCGGUUCGAAACCGACCAGAGAGAGGGCCGGAAGCCCUUUUCCUUUGGACCUCGAAACUGCAUCGGAAUGAAUCUUGCGUAUAUUGAGAUGAGAACGAUUCUAGCCAGGGUCAUCUGGAACUUCGAAAUGAGGCUCGCCGACGAGAGCAAGAGGUGGACACAAGGGCAAAAGGGGUGGACUGUUUGGGAGAAGCCCGAGCUGAUGGUGUACCUAACGCCUCGUGACCGGUCCGUUUGA